CUCUUUGUCACGGCGGCUGAACCGGAGGAGUCCGGCGCUCCGGCGGGUGGCUGGUGAGCAGCACAACAACAAAACGCAUGGGACGGACGAUGGAAUGGGCAGCGCGUAGUAAUCAUUUGGGAGGAGUGCCCCGGAAGUUGGUGAUCAUGGCGGUUGGGGCUCUCGCAAAAGCCGCGGCAAAUCUUCUCAACACAACCUCCGUCCACAAUGCCGAAACCCUAAUCCGCCUCGUCCGUUCCCGACCUCCUGGCGUUCCUCUUAUCACUGUUAGCAAUCAUAUGUCCACGUCAGUCAGGUGGAUGAUCCAUUUAUGUGGGGAUUUAAGGGUUUUCCUACCGCCGACUCAAAAUUGGCACGAUGGGUACUAGCUGCUGAAGAUAUAUGCUUUAAAAAUGCGGUGCUUUCAUAUAUUUUCCGGCUUGGGAAAUGCAUACCCAUUACCAGGGGCGCCGGAAUAUAUCAAGAACACAUGAACGAAGCUCUUGAUCGACUAAAUGAUGGGGCUUGGCUGCAUACAUUUCCAGAGGGCAAGGUGUCUCAAGAAGAUGUACCUAUAAGACGUUUAAAGUGGGGAACAGCCAGUCUCAUCACUCGUGCCCAUGUAACUCCAAUAGUUUUGCCUAUUGUUCAUCAUGGAUUUGAACAGGUUAUGCCCGAGAAUUAUUUAUUUGGUAGAAGGCCUCCUUUGCCAUUGUGCAAUAGGAAUAUAAGCAUAAUUGUUGGUGAGCCAAUAGAAUUUGACCUCCCGAAAUUGAGGCAGAUGGCACUAUCCACGACUGGGGAUCUAUCUCUUUCCAGUGCUGGAUGGCCCAGCGCUACACCUUGGGGACUGGAUGAGGCUGCACAAAGAUGUCUCUACACCACUAUAUCAGAGACAAUUCGAACUGCCAUGGAACGAUUACGGGCUUUUGGGAAAAGUUAUCUCAAGUCAAAGGGGUGAACCUUGAUGUGCUUAUAAAGAUGUAAGGGAUGUCUGGGUGUAUCAAGCAUUGAAGCAUGUCAACACAGGAAGAAGUAGCAAUGAGCCAAUGACCUAUUUGAGUUUUGACAUGGCAGAGGGACUUUUUUUCCUUUCUGGCAUGCCCUUUUCUCUCACCGGGGACUCUCUGAGUUUCUACAUUCAAUCGUCUCUGUGUCUGAUUAUCGAUUCCAACUGCAAAGACUAGGGGAUAGAGUAUUUUUCGAAUAGUGGACAUUGUUGUACUUUUUAUGAAAUUUCCUGGCGUGUGAUGUCUGCAGUGCUGUUUUUGGAGGAUGCACCUUAAAUAUGUAUCAGGACCCAGUCAUCAAGGAAAGUAAUUUUCUGAGACUCGUAC